GAGGCAGAGAGCAAGUGACUGAGCAAGAGAGUGAGAGGGGGUUUGUGAGUGUGGGAGAGAAAAGAGAGAGAGAGAAACAGUAGUGAUGAUCGACGCCAGGCUGCCACCACUCUGUAGCAGUGAGUGGCUGCAACAAAAAGCACAGAAUAACAUCCCUGACUCCCUGCUCUGCUUUUUUCUCUCUCCCUGCGUCUCAGCUAGCAGACGAGGGCUCCGCUCACAGCUCUGCAGAGGCUAUGCUGAGGCUGAGCCGGCUUCGGAUACGGGAUCUCUGGCUGCCAUCAACAAGUUAGGGUUGGAAAACCACAGCCAUGAAAGAGAAAAGCUUGAUCUUCAAUUAACCAUCUGAGCUGACAUCAUUGCGGUGGAAGGGAAACAAAAGGGUAAAAAAAAGAAAAAGAAAAAAAGGAAAGGAGGGGGGGUCUGUUCACCGGAGUCGCUCUGGAUGCAACUGAUCAACUUAAAAAAAUAUAUAAAUAUUUAUUUCAAGGAUUCGUGGGAUGGAGAAGAUUCAACCUUUCUUUGAGCUUGGAUUUUAAAGGACUCGAAGCAAAAUAACAGGAAUAACCAUCAUCUUGGGACAUGGAAUUUCAUAUUUUGUUUCAAUUGGGUGGGUUCAGAAUUGCUUUAUUUCCAAAGAGGCUGAUUCCUUUUGUGCUUACUCAAAAGGGUUUUUUCCCUUUGGAUUUUUCUUCCAUCUGGUUGCUUCAAGAUUCUGCGGAAAAGGACAGUUGAAUGCAGCCUCCGAUGUGCACAAAAGAAUGGGUUUCCAUUCAAGGUGGUCAUUGGUGGGACCUGCACCAGCGGCUCUGUGUGUGAUCAGCAUGCUCCUAGUGUGCCUGCUGCCUCCUGCAUCGUGCACAACCUGCCCUCAAAAAUGUCGCUGUGAGGACCUGCAGUUCUACUGCGACACCCAGGGGCUUCAGGCACCCCCAGAUGGUGUGGACAAGGGGGCCCUAGGGUUGUCACUACGCCACAAUAGCAUCACUGAGCUCAGCCCUGAUCAAUUUUAUGGCUUCAGCCAGCUCACCUGGCUACAUCUAGACCACAAUCAGAUUACAACCGUACAAGAGGACGCCUUUCAAGGGCUCUACAAGCUGAAAGACCUCAAUCUAAGCUCCAAUCGUAUCACCAAGUUGCCCAACACAACCUUCAUCCACCUCAUCAAUCUCCAGAUACUGGACCUGUCCUUCAAUCAGAUGACUGCAUUGGAACCAGAACUGUUUCAUGGACUGAGGAAGCUUCAGAUACUCCACCUCCGCUCCAAUUUACUUCGCACCACACCUGUUCGGGCAUUCUGGGACUGCCGCAGCCUGGAAUAUCUGGGCCUAAGCAGCAAUCGUUUACGGAGUCUGGCCCGGAAUGGAUUUGCUGGGCUCAUUAAGCUUAAAGAGCUCCACUUGGAGCACAAUCAGCUGACCAAGAUCAACUUGGCCCAUUUCCCCCGCCUUGUUGCCCUCCAGUUUCUUUAUUUGCAGUGGAAUAAAAUCAGCAACUUAACAUGUGGCAUGGAGUGGACCUGGACCACUUUAGAGAAGCUGGACCUCACAGGGAAUGAAAUCCGUGUCCUGACAUCUGAUGUGUUUCAAACGCUGCCAAAUUUAAAGAUUUUGCUGCUGGAUAACAACAAACUAAGCAGUCUGGAUCCACAAGUCAUGGAUAUGUGGCAGUCUCUGGGUACCAUUGGGCUGUCUAGCAACUUUUGGGAAUGUACCAAAAGGAUUUGCUCUCUGGCCACUUGGCUAAGCACCUUUAAAGGAAGGUGGGAACAUUCCAUUCUCUGCCAUAGUCCUGAAUAUGCCCAAGGUGAGGAGAUACUUGAUGCCGUUUAUGGAUUCCAGCUUUGCCAGAAUUUUUCAGCGCCGGUUGUUCAGACCAUAAGUACUACCACAGACGCUUCUAUAGCUGCAGAGAUCACAAGCUCCUUGUUCGGAAUUAUGCAGCCGACCCCCACGCAGGACUACGCAGAGGAUUUUGUGAGCUUUACCACAGUCACUACCACAACAACUACAACAACACCACCACGCACUGCUCAAGCAACUACUGCUAAAUUGGAAGAGGCAGCUGUAACAGAGGACUUCUCUGCAAUGGACAACACUGUUAUGACUCACAGGGUUAUCAUUGGAACUAUGGCCCUUCUAUUUUCAUUCUUUUUCAUCAUUUUCGUUGUGUACAUCUCACGGAAGUGCUGCCCUCCCACCCUGCGCCGGAUACGCCACUGUUCGGCUAUUCAGAACCGCAGACAGAUGAGGACCCAGCAGCGGCAGCCUAUGGCAGAUCUAGCUACACAGGUACCCUAUAAUGAGUAUGAGCCCAGCCAUGAAGAAGGGGCACUUGUGAUCAUAAACGGCUAUGGGCAGUGCAAGUGUCAGCAACUGCCUUACAAAGAGUGUGAAGUAUGAACUCUUAUUUAUUCCUAGAGCAUAUGGUUUGCCAUUUGACCAUUUCAGAUGAUACAGGGUUUGCUUUUUUUAUUUUUUUUUCCAGUUUGUGUAAAAAGCAUAAUUUCUACAAGUAAGAUUUGAGAAUAUGUGUGAAAUGUUGAAUGCUACAAUGACACAGGUUGGACAUGACAGUUUAGAGAUGAUUUAGAGAUAGUCACAAAUUUAUUUUUCUAUGAAUGCAAGGUUGUUCAUAUCAGGCAGGGGCAAUCAUUUUAAACAAGAAAAUUGUAAACUGUGAGAUUUGUCUCCACAUUGUCUCUAUAUUCUGCAGCACAGAGAAAAUACUUAGCCAAAUGGCCCUCUGCUAACGGAAUGCAUUAAGUGGAGAAAUGUGAUUUAUGUCUUCUUUCUUUUAAAAAGUAAAUAUUUAAGAUCGUGUUUCUAACUGCACCACAGGCAAUGUAAGCAACUCACUCAAUUACUAGGGCAAAUUAAUUGGAUUGUCACUUUUUGUUUAAUACAUUUUAAAAUAACAUACAUUAAAGGCCACAAAGAACAAAAUCAAAUUAUUAUAACUAAAACAUUUUUGUCAUUAUUAUGUUAAAAAUAAAGAACCCUGAAAUCUUAUUCAGUAUAAUCAAAUGUCAUUACAUUUACCAAAUCAGACAUGAGUCAAUUAGGCAAGGCUAUACUCUCCCAUCAGGCCUCACAGCGUUUCCUGUCUACAAAAUAAAUUUGGGCAGCCCACCCUAAAAAACAGCUGUCUUUAGCCAAAAGGGAUUAUUUUGUUUAUAUUUGAUUUUCUUCCAAAAUUUAUUCUGUGUGGAAAUGCAACUACAGUGUGUACUGUUUGAAAAGAAAACGAAAUGAUGCGUUUACGUUCAAUUAUGUAUACUGGGAAAAUGGCCUCUUUGAUCGGGCUUUACCUCGUAAAUGCAAUGCUGUUUUGCAGCUUGUUGGAUGUUGGAGCUCCCGCCCACAAGGGGCAACCACCCAAAAUAAAAUUCUCAACCUGUGGGAAACACCAAGCAUUGUUCAUCUGUGGUUAAUCUUUAACAUACUACUCUGCUUAGCAAAAACACAUGGAUGAUCUUGGAAAUCAAGAAUGAAAUGAUUAGACCUUUAAAUGUUCAAUGACCAGUACAUGGCUUCUCUAGCCCUCAAAUGCCAUACACACUGUGACCAUAAUAUUGUCAACAUCUUAAUCUAGUGAGAACAGCUCGCUGAUUUGCUAUAAUAUAUUAGGAUCAAUAUACGGACGAGCUAGUGUGAGGUGUGAGGGUAGCAAGUGAAAGGGUAAUGACCAGCGCAAAUGCCAGAUAGGAGAGCACUUCAUUCCGAAAAUAAAACCUUGUCCCAGCAGCCCAGGUUCUUUAGUGCCUCCACACUAAUCAGGACUGACAGACUCAAGAUUGAACCAAUUAAGACAAGGCAAAAAUAAUCUAAUAUUCUGUCACCCACACCAAUGAUCUGGCAACAUUUAGCUUGUUCGGCCAAUCAAAAGUAGUUCUAGUAGAAUCAUCCUCCACACCACAUAAAAACAUCAUUGGACCUUUUACUUUAAGACAUUGUUCUUGUAAGGGAUACCGUCUUGUCAUUUACAGUAUUAAAAAUGGGAUUACCGUGAAUAAUACAUAUUAUAACAGUUCCUUGGUUAGCAGUCACAAGUGUCAAGAUAUACUGCAGUCAAUAGCCUGAAAGCAAAUGGAGAUCCAGUGAUAAGCAAACAGCAAGCCUGGGUCAGGACACAUUUGUAUGCAGCAGGGAGAGGAUGUGCAUUAGCAUCAGACUAAAGCUGCUGCCGCAGCUCCGCACUUCUUUGUGUUCAGUUUGGUGAUGGGGGCAGGGUGAAAAAGAGAGGGAUUUAAAGUAAGUGAUGGGAAGAUGGAGAGGGGCAAAGAAAGGGUAAUGUCUCAGUUUAUUUAAACCAACAAACUAAUCUUUCUUGACAAAUAUCGUAGUAGAGACUGAAAUGAUAAAUACUGAGUGACGGCACCUUUGGCUUGAAAUGCACACUGAUCACACAGCAGCUACAAUUUAACUACAAGUAAAUUCUUAACAAUGGAAAUUAGAAUAUGGCCUUUCCCUUUUCUUAACAGUUCAACUUUCAUGUUGCCGUUUCAUCAAGUCAGUGAUUAGGACAACAAGAUGCUUCUGAUAACACAACACCUGGAAAAGAGAUAUCCGGCUUUGAGCAAUUAGUAUGCAGUUAGGUAGUCAGGAGAUGCCAUUUGUGGCUUCAUCUCUUUAUAGGAGGUUGUCAAAAUCUGGCUUCAGUCUUUAAAUGAAUGCUUGUGUCAACGUGUAAAUGUCUCUGCACACAUGGUCAUUGGGUGCCCUACAACAUCUUAAAAGAAAGUGUUUGUGUCAACCAAAAGUUGUUACACUUCACAUUUGAAUUCAAAGAAAAACAUUGCAUACACUGCUCGUACCAAUUUCCAAAGUCAAGCACCUCCACUUUCUUUCUAAUUUUGUUUUCUUCCAGCUUCGCACUGCUUUUACUACUGCCCUUCGAAUCUGUCUUGCAUGUUCAAAAGUCAAUUAAGUUGAAUAUUUCUUAUGUCAUUCAGAAAACAUUAUGGUGAGACCUCAUUCUUGAUAACACCAAGAAUGGGGAUGUAUGUGGAAGUCCUAUAAAGUUAAUUUCACUGUUUAAGACUACGGCUGUACCAAGUGAUUGAAAAUCCACAAAAUUUGUAGAAGUAUACAUCCCUUUGCACUCUGGCUCUUUGUAAACUGUUUUUGUUUCCUCUUGUCAACCUCUAGCUCUGGUCCCCACCCUGCCUAAAAAUAAAAAAAAAAACAAAAAAAAAAACAAGUGAACCAAUCCCUUCUCUCUAACCCAACCUCUUUGUGCAAAAUGAAUGCUUUUCUCUUCCCAUUAUCCUUUUGUAUUUGUAAUAUGUACAAUUUCAUAUCUGUAUAGUGGAUAAGUUGUGCCAAACUGAAGAAAAA